AUGUAUUUCCUCUCACAGGCAAGGAAACUACCAGAAAUACAAGGUCCCAUUGGCUACCACAUAUUGCAGAUUAUAACAAGUACCAAAUUCAAACUGUCGCAACCUCUAUUGAAGUUGACAUUGCAACAGCUGACUACUAUUGUAUCAGAUGUUAUCACGCGGGGUUACUACAUUUCACCUGACGUCAAUGUUACGCCACGAAGCUUGCCUUCUUGCGGCAACAGAUCUAGAACUCUUUACGUAAAAUACAGCAGCCUGAAAUCCGUGAUUGAAGACAUGAAAAAGGUUGAUGUGGACGACUCUACUGAUACACAGUGUUGCGUCGUCUUCUCACCAACUGUUCAUUUCGUGGAGCACGGAACACUGAUGGGCGUGGCCAUAUUCCGGAAAACAAUGAAUCUGACUUUGAUGGGAGAAGACGGAGAUCGAACGAAAAUAACGUGCACUGGAAAAUCAUUUCGUCCAGCUUUAUAUCUAAGUGGUUUUGAUAAGCUUGUCAUUACAAAUUUGACUUUCACAGGCUGCUAUGCUGAUGAUCAAGUACAAGGUCAAUCGCUUUCCGCUGUUGUGUCUGUGAAUAAUACCAGGUGGCUGGUAAUGAGAUGGUGCAAGUUUGUUGAAAACGAAGGAAUUGGAGUUGAAGUACAGAAUAUUUUUGAUUCAGUGGAAAUAUCUCACUGUUGGUUUAAUGGAUCAAAUGUUCGUACUUCAGCUGGAGUUCACUUUACUAUUGAUCACAGUUUCUCUCGAGGCUUAUCUGCAGUUGUGAUGACAGUAGAAUUUUGUCAUUUUUUGAAUUUAAAUUACACAGCUUUGACACGUACAGACAUUUGUGUUGGACGUGGUGCAGGAGUUUGUGUCAUAGGGAAGCCAACAGUGUAUCCCGUAAAUGUAUACAUAUUGUCCUCAUCCUUUCACAACAACAGUGCUUCAAGCGGUGCUGGUGUCUACAUUAACGUGGAGUCAUCAUCAAAGAAUUUUCAUGUUGUGAUUGAUAAAUGCGUGUUUUCUGGUUGCCAGGUUAAGAAUAGUAGUGUUGAAGGACACAUAGCAAGGGACGGCCAUGGAGGGGCAAUUGGAUUGUUCUUCUUUGGAAACAGCCAAGGUACCAUCAAUAUUACCAAUUCAAUGUUAGAAUCAAAUUAUGCAAUUACGGGAGCUGGAAUUGCAGUUUUCUUUGCUGAAGAUUCAAUUAAAAUUCAAGUUGCAGUAGCAAAAUCAAAUUUUAAAAAGAAUUGGGGAAAACAAGGUGGUGCAUUUUCAUUGAAUAAUGUAAUGAAGCAGGGAAACUGGCCAAUGCCAACUAUAUGCCAUGACACAUUGUUUGAUGGCAACAGAGUGUUAAGCGAUGGAAUAGGAAGUGCAGUAGUUACUACCUAUGCUGAUUUGUCUCUAACAGGUGUGACGACAGUGAAAUCUAAUAAUGGAUCUGCAUUUCUAGUUAUUGGAGGUUCUUGGUUGAUAGUCUCUGACACGGUCAUUUUUUCUGACAACCGUGGUCUUCGUGGUGGUGCAGCACACGUGCAUGAACAUUCUGCAAUUCGUGUUCACGAUGGCACAACUCUUAUUUUUGAAAGCAACACAGCAUAUAUUGGUGGUGCUUUGUUUGUAAACAAUAUCGGUGUGUCUAAAACAUGGCAGUUGCUUGGCCCUGCUGCACAGAACCAUCAAUGUUUCAUAGUUCCUUUCAAUGAUGACGACGACUUGAGGAAUUUUCAUGAAAAGCCACUGAAUGCAACUAUCAAAUUUGUGAACAACACAGCAUAUGUGAUUAACAGAGGUGGAGCUAUUCAUGCAUAUUCAUUGGACAUUUGUGCUUGGCAAGUAGGCAGUGGCUUUAACUUCACGCAUGCACUCAGAUCAUCUAGCUUUUUGUAUGAGAAUAAUCAGCCAAACGAUAUUUCGACUGAAAUGGUUAAAGUUCAUGCUAACCUGAAAGCUGAUGUUAUUGACCACACAGCAUCAAAAUACUUGUUGAAUGAUGACACUCGAUGUUCUGAUAAUAGUACUGUUUACUGUGUUAGACCUGGUCUUUCAUACAUUCUGGAUGUCACCGGACAGGAUUCUCUGGGUUAUAACGUUACUGGACAAGCUACAGUUAAAGCAAAUACCGUUGGCUUGGGUUUUGUAGCUCACCAAGACCAACUACGACAAACACAUCUUACUCAGACAUUGUCAAUUAUAGCUGGAAAUGGUUUGGGAUACAUAUACUUUUCUGGUUAUCAACAUCUGACUACUGAAAUCAUUGUUCAACCUUCAGAAACUGCAUUCAAGCAGUCUCUUUAUGUGAGACUAAUGAAUUGCUCUGCUGGUUUUACAUACUGUACACAGUAUAAUACUUGUGUGUGUAAUCAUAAACAACCUCGUCUCAUUGAAUGCAGCUUUAAUGGUGAACUAAGAGUUGAAGCCGGAUAUUGGAUAGGCUACAUUAGCACUGGUGGAUCUUUAGUAUCUUACAGUUGCCCAGUGGGUUAUUGCGUAUGCCCUAAUGACAGCUGCUGGUUUGAUCCACGUGUUCAACCAGAUCCACAAUGUACCGAAGGACGGAAUGGAACUCUGUGUGGAAACUGUACUGAAAAUUACAGUGCAACAUUUGGAUCACUCUAUUCUAAAUGUCAAGCUAACUGUACUGAUGAGUAUAAGUGGGAGCUUCCUGUGUUGUCACUAUUUUCGGCAUUUGUAGUGGUGGUGGCAGUCAUUUUCAACUUAAAUGUGGCUUCUGGUGUACUACGGUCGUUCGUGUUUUAUUUCCAGAUGGUUGGAUUUACAUUGAAUGCAGUUCCACCAGGUGGAAUUCUGUCUCAGAAGUGGGUUGCCUACUUUGCAAGCAUUGCCAACCUUAACAUUCGGGAGGGUAUAUGCAUGUGGAAGGACUUGACACCACUCAAGAGUACUGCACUCCAGUACUUUAUACCAGCUUGCGUUUUUGUCUGUAUGGCUAUCUUUGUCAUCUUAGCUCGAAAGUUUGCUCGUAUGGCACGAAUUCCUGUCCUUCGUGCCUUUUGGAGUUUGCUGACAUUGACUUAUGUUAGUAUAUCAUACACAACAUUUAUUCUUUUGCAAUGUGUGGCAUUAGAAGAUGGAGAUGAUUACUACUGGUAUAGUGAUGCAACUGUUAAAUGCUUUACUGGUCAACAUACCAAAUUUGCCAUUGUUGCUAUCAUUCUUGCCAUUUUCUACGUUAUUCCAUUUCCUUUCUUUGUUGCAUUUGGUUUGCCUUGGAUUUCCAAACUUAAACCAGUAUCUGACAUCAGUCUUCAAGCUUUCAAAGAGCAGUAUUGGUGGGGAGAAGGUUGGAAUUUUGGUCGAAGGCUUCUGCUAAUUGUUAUUCAUUGCUUUGCUGGUGAACCACAUCUCCAUCAGACACUGAUGAUUAUUUUCAUUUCUGCGUUUCUUGCAUUUCACGGUCAGCUGCAGCCUUACUAUUGGAUUCGUGACAAUGUUGUAGAGACAUGUCUUCUGUUCAAUCUUGUUGUCGUGAAUGCAGUGCAGAUGUACACAUCUCACACCCCUGUGCCAUCAUAUAUCACAGAAGCCAUCUUUCUUGUUCCUUAUGCUACCGCUUUUCUGUGGCUUGUUUUCUAUGCUUGGCAGAGAUUUGGAAAGAGACGACGAAAGAACAUAAGCAAAAAGCCACAGAAGACAAAUUCCAGGCAACGUCAGAGCACCAAAACUGGUGCCAUCAGCACAAACGAAAGUAGUCAUGUGACAAUGCAGGCUGUGAACACGAGGAACAGGGAAAAAUUACUCAUGUCUGGUAGUUUCGACAGAGAUCAGAUAAUGGAUGAAUCAAGUGGACUACGUGAACCCUUGUUGGAUGAUACAGACACCCACUAAUAGUUUUGAUGUUUCUAUAUACUUUGUAUUAGUCAUUAUCUACAUUUCAAUCAAAAACUAGCUGGCAGGAAACGUAGGGUUGCAUUUUUACUCCUUAUAUUUUAAUCUUUGACUGCUCAUUACAUUCUAGUUUGAUACCGUCUUUAAACUACAAUAUCUGUAUAAUAAAACAUUAGUCUUA